CUGCACAAAACAAUCUAAAUUCCGGAGUGCAAUAGACCUUGCAAGCAAGGUGAUUUGUCCGCCUGGUCUCCAAUUGUAUUUGAUGGCGCGGUGCCGACGUGUGCCGAGCUUGUGUCGGCUCCAUGAUCAAUCGAUUAUGAGUAAUCCUAGAUUGGAGUGCGUCAGCUGUUACUGUUUCAUCAAUACUCUCUACCAUUGACCACCGUCUCAUAACUGGGACAUAACUCUCACACAACCACUAAUACUACGUAGAAUGAGGCUUUUCUCCUUCAUUCGAUGCGCCGUUGCUCUCUAUGGGCUUACUCUCGAAGCAUUCUACCCUUUUGAUGCUUUGCCCGUGACCGUCAGCGACGAAAUCAAGGAAACGCUGAAGGCCCAAGCGAAGGAUGUCAACUAUAUCUCUGCCAUCAUUUCUCUCUCCUUUCUUACCAUUUUCCUCUAUCUUAUUGCGGUAUUCUCGGUCGUUCAUGGAGCUGUGCGUAUUGCGAUGUACUAUCGUCCCAAAUUCCGCGAAUUGGUAGAAAAACGCAUGGCAGAGAGGGCUCUGAAAGCUCAGAACAAGAAGAAGCACUCUAAACGUGCCGUCUUGCGAAGCGUUAUGUUCAAUCUGCUUUUCAGCGUCCUCUUAAUCAUCAAUGAUAUCAUCUUCAAUCGACCUGAAGAUGCUUCGUCGUUUAAGGAGGGCGUUACGGAGCGCUUCGAGUACCUUCUCCAGGGCGCUAUGUCUAUCGCCUGCGUCCAGUUCCUCGCCCUCUCCUGCACGUUAAUCUUCGCCGUCUUCUUCUCUGCGGCACGUGCUAUUUAUCGUGGCUGUCGCCAGAGGCGUGUUGUAGCUGAUGAAGAAAGUCGUUUGGCACCUACUGACAUGGCGGAGGUCGAGGCGGAGGGACAGAAGACCUUUGUUUUGGAGGAGAAGCUUGUUGAUCUUUCCGAUGGCUUCGACGUCAUCUAUGAGAAGAUGGAGACCUAUGCUGCUCCUCCUGCUGUCGAGGCGGAGGCUAUUGAAGAGCCUUUGAUCAAAUUGUAGCGGUCGAAAUCAUAGGUCAGUUCUUGGGCAUUUUGCUUACCAUCUACAGGUAGAAUGCCUUACUGCCCCUUGCCGAUCUUACUUUUUCAAUAUUUAUCAUGUGCAGAUCACCCUCCAUAUAUGAACCUAUUUUAUCUAUUGUGAUGGGAGAUCAUGUUGAAUACCUGUUUUGUUUUGUGAUGGGAGAUCAUGUUGAAUACCUGUUUUGUUUUGUG